UCUGCGUGAUUUGUUUUCCGAAGUCUCCCGAAGUUGCCUCACGAGGAAACUUAGGGCUAUUGACAAGAGGAUAUGGGGAAUCGCUGCAGGCCAAUUUCCAUCCAUACUGGCCUUUCUAACUCUACUUCUUUCCUAUUAGUAAAAUUGGCAUAAAGCCUCAAUUUUAUCGGCUUGUCAAAUUCUUGCCAGAUGGCAACCCUAAUUAAACCUGAUUCAUAUUAUUAGUUUAGGCACAAAAUGCUGCAAUAUAUUUUUUUUUUUCUUUUUUUUUUAUUCCAUAUUCAGCGGAUAUUGGUAGCAGUAGUAUUACAAAUUAAUACCAUGUAAUGUCAGAACAGAAUCCUUAGGUCUUAGAUAUGAAACAUUGCAGUUUGUAUCAGACUGCAGUGCUCAAUCUGCGGCCCCUCAUUCACCCCUUUAAAAACUGAAAAUUAGAGUUUCAAUUUACAGCAGUUCUACAUCUAAAAGUUCGUUACUUUAAAAUGAUAUUACCCAUCGUUAUUGUCUCGCUAUGGAGAGUACUAUUGUUGCCUGAGUUGAGCUUGCUAGUCAUUUAGUUAAACAUGACCUGUAAAACAGGGGAUUCACUACCGACCUUACUUCUGUUAGGAAUAUUACUUUAUAAUUAUAAUAAAUUAGGGUGCCGCUCGAUCGAUUAAGCGAUGAUUGAAAUCGGAGUUUGUUGUUUCAUUUGUUGCCCUCGUCCUUGCGCCCUGCCUAUGCUCCAAUCCAAUGUAAGCAUUUACCAUGUGUCCUCCAAAAUCCAAAUGGCCUCUGCCCAUUAACGCGUUAUAGACUUGUGAAGCACAGGAGAAAGAGUUGCCACUCUGCCCUUUUUCUAUCGAUUUUCCUCGCAUGUACCUCCCACCGCCCAGUGUUCAUAAAUGGCAAACGUCGGGGCUGAAGGGGUUACUGGGAGAAACGCCUGUCUCCACCUGCUGCUUCACUGCGAAGUCCCGAUCGCAAGGACAAUCUGCGUCUCUUCUCCGAAAUCUGGGGGUGAGUGACGCUUUCCAGCACCCCCAUCGCACACCAUCACAGAGAGAGUGACAUUGACAGGGCAGGGAAUCUUAUUCCUACUGGGAAAGAUCAGAGAGUUGUGUAGAAAGAUCAGAGAGACCUGCAGCCCCGCUGUCUCCCUCUGUUGCUGGGUGACCAGAGAAAACCAACCGAUCGAGCAUUUUGUUAAAUUGAUCAGCGUAAUCCAGCUGUCAUUGAUCUGAUUCCACUGGGGUAUAAUCCAUCCGGAGCCCUCGCGGGAGCCCAAUUGUUGAUUCAGAAGCCAGAGGAAAGGUGCGAUUGAAUUGUGGUGCAACAAGCGCAUUUUGUAUUAGAGAUCCUGCUGCCCAAGAAAAAGAGCACCCUGGCAGGGAACCUGCUCUGACACUGAGUAGGAUCCGAGAAAGGAAAGGAAGCUGCUCAGUGCCAGGGUGAAGAGGGCAUCUCGGUGAAGAACUUAUUAACCAAGCACUAAGUGUAGGGCAACGCUGAGACAAUUAGAAGAAAAGCCGUUACUUGUAGGGGAUGGGAACAGUCUGAUCUUUAUCCAGCUAGUGACAAAGCCUCUGCCCUGUACCUGAGAGGUUGAAUCCAAAAGGACAGGAGCAGCUAGCUAGAAGGGGAUCAGGUUGCUCAUUAGCAGGGAAGGACCGUGCCAGGCAAGAACACCUGAGAAGAAGGGCAGGCAGUUUGUUUCCUCUUUGCCUCUGAUUGCUUAAGCGAUUUCUCCAAUUUUCAAAGUGAAUUACUCCUCCUCAUCCCUGUCCCACCCCUUCCCCACACCGCCAGACUCACGCUCUCUGUCACCUGUUGGGAGGUCGCCCCCUCCCCCCCACCUCUCCCAACACCCCCAGGCAGUGUCUCACCCAGGCUCCCUAGACUGAAGCGGGCGCUCACCCUAGGAAAUCUAUGAUUAGUUCGGUGUGUGUCUCAUCCUAUCGUGGGCGCAAGUCUGGGAACAAACCUCCCUCAAAAACAUGUCUGAAAGAAGAGAUAACCAAGGGGGAAGACUCUGGAAAGAUAACCAUCAAUGUGGGGGGUACACGGCAUGAGACUUAUAAGAGCACUUUACGAACCUUGCCCGGCACACGCCUGGCAUGGCUGGCAGACCCCGACACCUCCAGCAACUUGGAACUUGAUUCUCAGCAGACCGAAUUCUUCUUUGAUAGACAUCCAGGCAUUUUCUCUUAUGUGCUCAAUUACUACCGCACAGGCAAGCUGCACUGCCCGGCAGAUAUUUGCGGCCCCCUAUUCGAAGAUGAACUGGCAUUCUGGGGGAUAGAUGAGACUGACGUGGAGCCCUGUUGCUGGAUGACCUACCGUCAGCACCGGGAUGCUGAGGAGGUUCUAGACAUUUUUGAGAAUGUGGAGCUUGAUGAUGGGGAUGAAGAGAAUAAAGGUUCGUCUCCAGAGCUGUUCUGCAUACAGGAGAGGACGGACAGGUCAAGGGGCUGUUGGAAAGUCUGGCAACCCAAGAUUUGGGCUCUGUUUGAAGAUCCCUAUUCAUCCAGGGCUGCUCGGCUGGUUGCUUUUGUGUCCCUCUUCUUCAUCCUUGUGUCCAUCACAACAUUCUGCUUGGAAACCCACGAGUCAUUUAUUGUGAACAGGAACGUUACAGAGACAGUGACUGAUGGGAAUAUAACUGAGAUUUUAGUGGUGAGGGAGAUGGAGACAGAACCAAUACUUACUUACAUCGAGGGGGUCUGUGUCUUCUGGUUCACUCUGGAGUUUUUUGUCCGAAUUAUUUGCUGUCCAGACAAAGUGUUCUUUGUGAAGAACCUUCUGAACAUAAUAGACUUUGUAGCCAUCCUCCCAUUUUACUUGGAGGUGGGCCUGAGUGGGUUAUCUUCUAAAGCUGCACGGGAUGUAUUAGGAUUCUUACGGGUUGUUCGUUUUGUCCGGAUUUUACGUAUUUUUAAGCUGACCAGGCACUUUGUUGGUCUGCGGGUUCUGGGACAUACGCUCAGGGCAAGCACAAAUGAAUUUCUCCUUCUCAUUAUCUUUUUGGCUUUGGGGGUGCUUAUAUUUGCCACCAUGAUCUAUUAUGCAGAGCGAAUUGGUGCAAAUCCUACAGACCCAAGUGGAAGUAAUCAUACCCAUUUCAAGAAUAUCCCUAUAGGCUUUUGGUGGGCAGUUGUGACCAUGACCACAUUGGGAUAUGGAGAUAUGUAUCCACAAACCUGGUCUGGUAUGCUGGUGGGUGCCUUAUGCGCCUUGGCUGGUGUGCUCACCAUUGCCAUGCCAGUGCCUGUUAUUGUAAAUAAUUUUGGAAUGUAUUAUUCCCUGGCUAUGGCUAAACAAAAGCUUCCAAAGAAGAAAAAAAAGCAUGUCCCGAAGACUACCGAGAUAGACUCUCAAAUAACGCUUAAAUCUGAGGACUACUCUCAUCGAAACAGCACACAGAGUGAUACCUGUCCAUUGGCUACUGAGGAGUUAUCAGAGAAAAAGAGGUCAGAUUAUAAGCAGAAUGGAGAUGCCAAUGCAGUAAUGUCAGACGAGGACCAUGAAGAUCCCCUACAGUUCGUGCCAUUAGACGAGAAAUGGAUAAUGAGAUGUGCCAGUGCCAAAUACAGAAACAAAACUGGGGCUUCAUGCUUUUUGCUGAGCUCUGGGGAAUUUACUUGUGCUGCUGAUGGUGGGAUUCGAAAAGGUAUGAAAGAUAUUGAUAUAGAGAUGGACUCGCAGAUUCUCUUGGGGCCUUCAUAAGAUAAAUAUAACAGAGUGUGCGUAAUGUGUUUAAACUACUUUCCUAGUCUUCCUAUAGAAAAUUACAUUGCAUUGUUGAAAUGUAAGCAGUCUGUCUCUGUCACUUGUGAGUGGUGAAUGUGGUUCCACCUCUGUAAAGUUACAAAUCUAAAUAAACUCUAUGUGAAAAA